UGUAUACAGUAAUGUAUAUCCCAGCUCCCCUGUACUCCAUUAUAGUGAUAUGACAUGUAUACGGUAAUUACUUACUCCUUGAAUCCCCCACGGUGGUGGAGAGGGUGUCUCCUUUCAGCGGAGGAGAGCGGGCCUCUCUUGCACCUGUCCCCUCAGCGGUGGUGCCGAAGAAGCCGGAAACUGGAACUCGAAAACCGGAACUCAGCUUCACAAUGAGGCUUGGAGUGCAGCCGCUCCAUCAUCUGUGCUCGCUGCUAGAGAAUUUCUCCUUGCAUUUGGCGAGCUGCUUUUUCAAGCCCUGUGUUA